CCUGAGUUGCGCUAACGCUACGAUUUUAUAAAAAGUAUAUAAGCACUUGAGAAGAUCGGCGGUUAUACAGCAUCAUUCAGUUCUUAGUGGAUGAUCGCUUCAGAUGAAGCUUUUUGUCAGUAAGAGUCUGACAACCUUGCAGCCGAUUUAACACCCGCUCCCCCGUCUAGGAGGAAACAAAAAAAAAUGUGGUUUCAUUCGUAUUUAAAAUAAUAAUAAUAUAGAAUUGAUUUUGAGUAUGAGACGCAGUUUGACUUUGAUUUAGGUAAUUUAGUUGACAUACAUAGAGUGAUAUUAAUUGGUUUUUCUAAUUUUCGAUAUAAAAAAAAAAUACUCCUGCUCAAAUUAUAUUGUGGUAAUAAGAGGCAACUACGGAACCCUACACUGCGCGUGGCACGACUGUGAUAUCUUUGAUAUGCAGUGCGGCACCGCAUUCCAUAAUUUUUAUCAGUCUACUACUCAACACCACGUAAGCCUUUAUUGUUACAGUAAUUACGUAUAUAAUCACUAGUUCGCAUCCAGUGAUAGUGUGUGAAUGAAGUGGUUCUUUUAAGAUUUUUGCUGCGAUUUGGAAUAUUUGCAAAAAGAUGGCGCGGGUCUGCGUGAUCGGCGCAGGGGCAGCGGGUUUAUGCGCUGGGCGACACCUGCUGGCGGAUCCCAGCGUGGGCCUCGUGGACAUCCUUGAGCAAACCUCACAGCUGGGUGGCACCUGGGUCUACACCGAGAGUACGGGCUGUAACGACUUUGGCCUGCCGAUACACACCAGCAUGUAUAAAAAUCUGAGAACUAAUCUGCCAAAAGAAAUAAUGGGAUUCCCCGACUUUCCGGUACCUGAGAGUGAGCAGUCCUAUAUACCCGCAAAUGAGAUACUGGCCUUUCUACAGUCGUAUGCCGACAAAUACGACGUCACUUCCCACAUAAAGUUCAACCACUACGUGCAACUGGUUAUCCCCAAGGCGGGAGGCCCUCGGGGGGAACUGUGGGACGUCACUUUCAAGAGCCUGGUCACCGGGGAGCCGGAGACGAGGGAAUACGACUUCGUGUUCGUAUGCAACGGCCAUUACAACAUGCCCUCUAUACCUAGCAUACCAGGUCUCGAAGAGUUUCAAGGUGAGGUCAUACACAGUCAUGACUAUCGAUUACCAGAGAUUUUCGCCGACAAAAGAGUCCUGGUAGUGGGAGCCGGUCCCUCAGGCAUGGACAUCGCUCUUGAGAUCACAGCAGUCACGUCGAAGGUCAUACUCAGUCACCACCACAAAAAGCAGUUCCCGCAGACAAUGUUCCCGGAGCAGAAACCGGAUGUGAUAAAAAUAAAAGAAAAGACUGCGUUCUUCGAAGACGGAAGCGAGGAAGAAGUGGAUGUCAUCUUAUUAUGUACUGGUUACCAGUACAACUUUCCGUUUCUCCAUCAGUCGUCCGGCAUCGUGGUGGAUGAUAACUGUGUGGAGCCGCUAUACAAACAUUUGGUAAACAUACACCACCCCACCAUGUGUUUCAUCGGGAUUCCUAACUAUGUAUGCGCCUUCCCCAUGUUUGAUUUACAGGUGCGAUACUUCGUGCGCUGGAUAAGCGGUGCUUUCAGUCUGCCUACUGAAGCGCAGAUGCAGGCACACUGGGAACAGGAGAAAGCAGAGCGAGUUAUGCGUGGGUACACGCGCCGUCAGGCACAUUUUAUAGGACCCGAUCAGGAAAAAUAUUUUGCGUCGUUGUCAGCUGAAGCCGGAACCAAGACUUUGCCUUCCGUCUUGACCAAGAUCAUGCUAAAAAGCUUGUGCUUUCAGAAUCUUACAAAUCAAUGCACAAACUAUCGCCAAAACAUAUACAAGAUCAUAAACGAUGACACAUAUGAAAUUUUAAGUAACGGGAAACAGUAAGUUUCUCGUUGAACUUAAAAGUGGUACUUGUUUAUUUAUUUUAUUCUUCUUGCACAAAUCUACGAUGGCCGACUUUAUGCCGUAGGCAUUCUCCACCAGUUAAGAGUAACCAUAGAGUGUUGUGAAGAUUUUAGUGGUAGACACUCAUCACCAUAGUCGAUUAUGGGAAUAAUUAAGGUUUCCAAAAGAAUUGCCUUGAUAUAGACCGGCAAAUAAAAAACAGGCGAUAUGGUGUUCCUAUUACUUUUUUGGGGGCGCUACUAACUUGGUCCUGGCAUUUUAAACUGGAGUUGAUAUACAAUCCUAGGUCUUUUACGACAUAGUUGAAGGGAAUGGACUGCCGUCAUUGAUUAUAGCACCAACACUGCCGUUGUUAAUUUUCCUCAUCAGGUGUGUCAAGAAACCUACCUAAUUAAAUGGCUUGGCAUUUUGAAGCAAUAACAGUGAUGCCGAAACUAUCCGACCAUGUUUUAAUAGCGACUAAGUCCCUGCUUAGAGCAUCAAUGGUUUCAUUUAAAUUGUCAAUACUUGUCUCGGUAUAUAUUUGUAUGUCGUCAGCAUAUAGAUGACGCGAACACUGAAGUUUGUGAGUGGUAAAAUGUAUAAUAGUUGAAAAAAGAGGAGGAGAAAGAAUACCGCCUUGGAGACCACCAGUUUCCAGAUUGCGCCAGGUUGAGGAAGAUUCCCCAGAUAGGCCCAUCUGCUGGUGGCGGCGGCGAAGAUAAGAUGAAAACCAAGACAACAAUUCGUCAGAGACCAUAAGAUGGGACAGUAUAGAAAGGAGAAUAUCGUGACUUACAGUAUUAAAAGCAUUGGAAAAUCGAUAAGUACUAAACAUGUCACUUUUCGGUUCCCUAUUCCCGCCCUAACAUCGCCAGUCACCUUUAUAAGUGCUUUAACAGUGCUAUGCCCUGAUCUGUGGCGUUGCCACACCAUAGGGUGUCACACAGUUACAUUAUUUUGACUCCUAUCGAUCAUAUCUUGAUCUUCAGCUGAUUUCUCGAGAUUUUGUUGUAGAUUUGGUUUGGGUGUCAAUGUAAAAUAAAUUGAUGAAUUAAUAAGUAUUUUAGCUAUAUAUUUUCUUCACUUUUAUUUGCACAUUCUGCUUGCAAUUUCCUUGCCCGGGAAGCACAGAAAAUAGGAAUAAAAUAUAACGUGGACUGGAUAACCCACCAAAAGUAAUAAUAAGCAG